GAUGGAAAUAAUCAUAUUGUUAGAUGUUCUAGUGAUGGAAUUCAAAUAAACAAUGACUCAUACCUACAUAUUUUAGUAAUUAAACCGCCUUUCAAGUUCCGGUCGAGUUAUGAAACGGAACAACUCCCAUAAAUCAGCAACUCCGGUUUAAUAAUUUCCAUUUUCCCCAAAAAUUCUGAUUUCCUGAAUCUGACGGAAAGUCAAAAUACCGAAAAUAUAUAUAAGUCUGAUAUAGAGAGUAGCCGAGAGCUCUGAAAAGUGCGUUUCAUGGGCUCAUAAACCUCAGGUAGUGGGUUCUGAUCCAAUUGGAGGAAAUUUGAAUUUUGAUUAUUGGUUGGUUAAGUUGAAACAAAUAGGAGAAGAGGGAUGGUGCUGGUAUUGGCAUUGGGUGAUCUUCACAUCCCUCACAGGGCACCUGAUCUGCCUGCAAAGUUUAAGUCUAUGUUAGUUCCAGGAAAGAUUCAACAUGUUGUCUGCACUGGGAAUUUAUGUAUCAAAGAGGUUCAUGAUUACUUGAAGACAGUUUGUCCUGACCUGCAUAUAACUCGUGGUGAAUAUGAUGAGGAAACACGCUAUCCGGAGACCAAAAUACUAACCAUUGGGCAAUUCAAGCUUGGAAUAUGCCAUGGCCACCAGGUCAUUCCAUGGGGGGACCUCGACUCAUUGGCCAUGCUCCAGAGGCAGCUGGACGUUGACAUUCUUGUUACUGGGCAUACCCACCAAUUCACCGCGUAUAAACACGAGGCUGGAGUAGUGAUAAAUCCUGGUUCAGCUACUGGUGCCUACAGUGGUAUCACCUACGAUGUAAACCCAAGCUUUGUUCUGAUGGAUAUCGAUGGCCUGCGUGUUGUUGUCUAUGUUUAUGAGCUCAUUGAUGGAGAAGUGAAAGUUGAUAAGAUCGACUUUAAGAAAACAACGGCUCCUACAAACUCCACUCUCUGAAGGCAAAGAUGCUGACAGUACUGGUUUGCAUCCUUAGAAGUGCACUGUUAAUCAAAAUGCAGCUGUUUACAACCAUUGUUUCCGUUAUUUUAUUAUAAAUAUUUUUUAUGGUGUCAUUUCUGGUAACUGCAUUGAUUGUACUGGAAAAUAUAUAAAAAAGAAUGUGCUAUUUCAAGACAGUGAUAUUUGCAUUUUUUUUUUGGGUAAA